AUGGUAAAGAAGAAGAGAAACAGCGUGCCGUGUGAACCUUCAAAGCGGCCGUCAAUAGGAAAUGGCGUUGAAAACCACGGUUCAAACGGUCCUGAAUUGGCCGAUUUGGGUGCACAAUGGGAUGUGCAAGAGAAACUAAUGUUGGCGCUCUUCACCACACGGCCUGGGCUUGAAAUCCUAGAGUUGUACUACGAGCUUUCGUGUGGACAUGUCAAUUUACAUCAGUAUAAAAAAUGGCAAAGUGCCAAACAUCGGGCGGCUUCGGACGAUGAGCAAUACAAAAGCAUGGUCAAAAAAUGGACAGAGUCGUACACCUACAUCUGUCUUUUGAUGGAUUUCCUAUUGCAAAACGAACAACAAGCGUUGGAUUACACCUCGUAUUGUAGGGCUGCGUCCAAAAUGUCGCUGCGUUUUCUGCUGGACGCAAAUACAGAGCUUCUGAUAGUAGAUGACGAUUACAACCUCAUGCUAGACUUUCUGCUGCAUUGCAGAUCAAAAAUAGAACAAACACUUAAUCAGGCGAGCCUGCCGUCCCUUCUUUUCAAAUUUGCCCGAACCACAAAGCGACUUUAUCAACUCAGCGGGAGAUUUACGUGGUAUACGUUGAAAGCUCAAGAAUUCAAGAAAGCUCCAGAUAUUGUCUGCAAGUACUUAGCCGUUCUGACAGACAAGCUGACUGCACAGCAUGAUCUAAUACCCCAACUACAGCCGUUUUUUGACGCCAUGAAUUCUAAUAAAAUUGCACAUUUCUCGAAGACGGAAACUAAUGGACUGGACGUUCUCGACAACGACUCCAGCAGCGAAACAGAAGAAUGGUCAUCUAAGAAAGGUAGCAGUCUUCAGGACCGUGUCUACUCCUUCGACCUCAACGAAGACGGGACAUUAGAGGCUCCAAAUGUUUUUAGUCGAACGCGCAGAAGACACCAGAUUCUGUACUACGUCCUGCGACUGCACGAGCAAAACUCGUCUCCACUUUUGAAAACGCAAUUUUACACUCUUUGUGCCUUAGUUGAUCCUGUCACUCAGCCAAUACCGAGCGAUUCUCACAUUGUCUCGAUUGACCUAUUGUCAGACCUCUUUCUGGGCCUUCUCAGCACUGAAAUCGAGACCUUGUCUCUGAACUGGCGUUUCCACAUUUGUUUCAAUCUCCACAAGAUUGUACACGCUUCCCUAUCGCGUCUCAAUUGCAAUGAUUUCCAAAGACUCAAUUCCGUCAACAACAGUGAUGAGUCGGUAGAUUGGAGAAGUAACCUCCAUAAGUGGCUGCCGCAGGGCUUGAACACGCAGGAUCUUGAGCUCGUUUACAUGGUCGACAUCUUGGCAAUCUACCUUCUCCACAAGCUGUAUCGCGAUCUUCCAAUUCAAAUGAAUCCCUUUUUGGGCCCCAUGAUAUCACUUUGGAAAAACCUCACGUUUGUGGUUCUCCUUGGACUGGAAAUCGAUCGCUUUGAGGAAGAGCAAGAGACUUUCAGUACCCCAGUUAUAGUUCGGGCCACCAUUCGGGGGGCUUCAGCAUUGAGAAGUGUCGUGGCAACAAUUUUGAAUGGGCAUGUGGAAUAUAAACGCCACGAUUUUAAACACGAGCCCAUCAACAUAUUCAUGUCCCCACAUGGCCGAAAGCUUUGCAACGGUGCUUUAUACACAGAUGUACGAUCGCACGCCGCUGCCAUGUUAGCACUAGGGAUUGAACUUGAGGACGUUACAAAUCUUUUGAGUGACCUCCAGCCAGGUGAUAGGUUCGACGAGGACGUCAAAUACAUGUUUGACUAUGAAUACGACAAUUACAAUGAGGUGGAUACUGAAGAGCUCGAUGAAGAGGAGCUUGAAGACGCUGAGUCUCGUGAAAGGAUAAAAGAAAUGAGGGCAUACUAUAAAAGGUGCCAUUGUCAGUUUGACGAUGAUGAGCUCUUGCCAGAUGACGCAGAAUAUUCCGAGUCUAAUGCAUCAAAGGCGAAGACAUAUCACGAAGCAGCUCCGGAAACUAGAGUAAAAGCCACCGCUACUAACAAACCGGUAGCACAUAGAUCAAAAAGAGACGGAGUUGAUUUCGACUUCAAGGGACGUGAUUGGAGGGACAUUCCGCGUGGCCUAAACUUCUACUUCAACGAAAGGUACGAAUUCAUGCAGACCCUGAGCACUGAUGUAGCAGCCUCCUUGAUGAAGGCCGCGGGGGAAAGAAAACUAACGUUUGAAGAAGGUGAAAAGCUUCUGCGGUUAACGGCAAGUUGUGUUGCCCGAGAACAAGAACAUACUGUUCUUCAGUCAGCCGCUGCAAGUCAAGAGGAUCGAGUACUAAACAGUCAUUACACGCUGGUCGGAGAUGGUGACUUGACAACAGAUUAUAUUUAUGAACACUGGUGUGAAGAUUCUCUUUUCGAGCGGACUUUGCAGCAUAACGAGAUUCUCGUUUGGCGACAGAUGGAUGAAAUGCUUAUGUGCAGCGGCUACCGCCGAGUGCUGGUUUGGUUCAUUACUCAUUUGGAGGUCAACAGAUCUAUGAUCGAGUACAUAUACACCCUGAUAAUGGGUGAAAGAGGCGAGAUAGUGGCCAGCGAGGACGACCACACCAAGAACCAAAAUGAAGCGGUUUAUGAUAAAGUGCCAUUCUCACGACAGGGCCCCUUGCAACUCUCAGAAAUUGAGGUCAAAAUGCUCUUGCAGGAGAUCUUUACGAAUUUUGCCAUCUUCUUCUCCAAAUAUGCCCGAGAAAGUGGCGAAUACUCUGACGGCGAGCAGAUUAAAGAAGACGGCGAUCACGGCAUACCUCCAAGAAUAUUGGGUUUCAUGAAACUGGUUUGUCUCAUGGUUAAGCGCUUAAUGGCCGAAAACAAGUUCGAUUUAGAAGACCCCGAUUACAUUUUCGAGCUACAAACGUUGCUGAUGAGCUGGAUUUGCAUUUUACCAGACGCCCGCGAGUUGUUCUUUGAGCUCAAGUCGCAGGCCGAGGAGCGAACGCGACUAAAAGAAGAAAAAGCGUCCGAACGUUCACUGUCACGGCCUUCUAAUAGUACCACAGAAGCCAUCGACCUCAUAUCACCAGAAGACAGCAUUGCCUCUGACACUGAACUGGACACAGCGAUGUCUGUUUACAACCAGAAACUACUGGCACUUCUUCCGCCCGUUGCAGACAAGCAAAACAGCGCCGUCACAGCUCUCCGCACUUUCAUUAGCAAGCAUUCGCUUACGAUGAAGACUGCUGUUUUUGGUCGCCGUGUGAUUUCUCAAGAUGACGAGAUUCUAGGGAUGUACAUGUCAGAUAGAGAGAUGGACAAUCGACAAUUUUUAGCGGAGUUUGGCAUCGACUUUAACGAUUUUGUUGAUGGAGUCUACAACAACAAAUUUACUACGAAUGAAAGCCAUAGCGAACGUUAG